AUAAGCUAUCUGUCUGAAAGAGAAAUUUAAUUAGUGUUACUUGUGUAGUUUAAGGUUCUUGUUACCGCUGUGGUUCAUUUAAUUAUCUUGCACGACCUUUAUUUCUUUUCUCUCUCUCUUUCUUUUGCUUUUUCACCUUCUUCAAUCCUUUCCUUUAUUUUCAUAUAAAAAGCCUAUAUAUUUAAACAAUUCUUUUCCCCUUUUUUGUUAUUCUACACUCGUUUGUUUUUUUUAUUACUUGAAUCAUCUUCAACAUUACGUUCACAAUCAUGUCAUUAUUUUCAAAGCUUUCCAAAAGUAAUGAAAAAACUCUCUAUCCAUGGUCACAAAAGAAACUAGGAGGCAGUAAUAGUGCUCUACCCAGGGUUGGACAUGCAGCAGUAGCCAUAUCAUCGGAUGCUUUGAUCAUUUAUGGUGGUAUUCAUCGUUCAACCAGAAAGGAUCUUUUUCAUAUUGACACGAAUAGUAUGUCGGCUAAUAGCAUCAGUACUACUGGAGAAAUACCAGCUCCUAGAAUCUCAGCUACGAUCCUUCAUGUUAAUGGACAUGUUUUGCUUUAUGGCGGAAAGCUAAUUUCAUCCGAGGAACAUUAUGAUCCAAACGUUUAUCUUUUAAAUUUACAUUCUAGGCAAUGGAGUCGGUUAUCCAUGGAUGGUAUGAUUCAACCAACAGAGAGAUCAGGUCAUUCAUGCGUUAUGCAUGAAGGCAUUGUCUAUCUCUGGGGAGGACAGAAAGAUGGACAUUACUUUAAUGAUCUUUUCAUUUUUGAUGUCAAUUCAGCACCAAGAUGGAGACAAGUGAGUUAUGAUCUUUGUCCUGAACCAAGAGCUGGCCAUAUAUCUGCAAUCUAUGAAGGCAAAUUAUACAUCUUUGGAGGAACAAAUGGAAAUAGGCUGUUUAAUGAUAUUUGGUCUUUUGAUCUCAAGUCUGGCAUUUGGACAAGAAUCGAAGCAGCUGGCUUCAUACCUGUUGCUCGUGAGGGAUGUGCAUCUGCUAUGGUAGAUGAUGCUAUCUACAUCUUGGGCGGCAAGAGUGAAAAUGGCGUUGAAUUAAAUGAUUUAUGUGCUUACAGAAUCAAGAGCUGCCGCUGGUUCAACUUUGAAAAUAUGGGCCCAGCGCCUUCACCAAGACAUGGUUUAACUAUGACAGCCGUAAGAGAACGUUUGUUUGUCCUUGGUGGAGAAAACACUUUUUCGAAAAUGGAAGAUGCUUCUUUGGUUUAUAUACUCGACAGCACAAAGAUCAAAUAUCCUGCAGAGUUACUUGUGCCACCUUCUGUUGAGGAAAAGAUGCACUCUAUUGAUGAUCCAGGAGAAAAUCAAUAUUACGCACAACAACCGUAUCCACAAUCAUAUACUCAACAACAACCACAACCACAACAGCAACCACAGCCAUAUCCAUAUCCAUACCGUCAACAAUCUCAACCACAGCAACAGCCACAACAGUUACAACCGCAACCUCAACCACAGCAACCUCAACCACAACCACAACAGCUACAACCGCAACCACAGCAGCUACAACCAAAAUACCAGCCACAGUAUCCAGCAGAACAAAAAAUGAGAAGCGGGCAGCCAUCUCCUCAGCAACGCUCACCUUUAAAAGCUACACAUGAAAACAGCAUUCCAAAUGUUGAGCCACAGCAACCCUCGCCUACGACAGGUAGUCCAAGGCACAGAUCUUAUUAUCCUGAUCCUCAAGUGAAUCAACCACCUGCCAGACCGCCAAGGCAUAUGUCUACAGUACCUGAGGCAGCACUUCGUCGUCCUCGUGCAGGAUCAUCACCACAUCCACCACCCGAUCUUACUGAAUUAGAUAUCCGUCGUCAGUACCAAGCCAAUCUAACACCUACACAUUCACCUUUAGAGCAAGAGGAAGAAGCAAGAGCAUCGCCAAACACGCCUCCUCCUAGACCACCUCGAGAGCCUAUUCGUGUAGAAGAAAAGCAAAAAAAGUUAGAAGAACAACCUCAGCGAUCGACACCUUCUCCUCACAGCCAUGCUGCGGUGUCCAUGGAUGAUGAGGAAAGACAGAUGCUGAUACGUGAACUCAAGGCACGUGAUACAAUUAUUAGUGAGAUGAAAAAGAAGGAAAGCUGGUGGCGUGCAGAGGUGUCUCUUGCAAGGAAGCUUCGUGCCAAGACUGAGACGUUUGAUGAUGGCCCUGACGCUGAUGAGGCAUUAUUGAUGGAUGUGGAUCAUUUACCAGAGGAGAAAGUCAAGUUGUUUGAACAGUUAGUCUCUGUCAAGUCCGAGCUCAGGCGUGUUCGGGCUAGCAUCUUGCAGCAAGCGGAGCCCAUGUCGGAAAAAGUGAGUCAAGCCGAUCGAAUGCGCACGGCCGCACUUCAAGAAGCCGCCUAUUUCAAAUCCAAGUAUUUGGCCCUCAAGUCACGUCGUCUCGAAGAACUGAGUUCUCUUGACUUAUCACGUAGUGAAGAGCUUGAAAAACGAUUAGCAGCCGCUUUAGCAGAGAACGAAGCGAACAGUAAGCUACUGCAACAGUUACAAAAGCGAUCUCAGCAUGAUCAAUCGGCACGCUUGGCUACAGAGGAACGAGCGAGAGAAGCUCAGGAAAGAGCUGAAGAAGCACAACAGGCGCAUCAACGUGCAUUAGAAGAGCUUCAGGCUGUUUAUGCAAGAGCUACCAAGGCAGAAAAUCAAGUACGAGAGAAUGCGAUCAAGAUUGCAGACUUGACACAGCAACUGAGUGAAGCACUGACGGCACAACCUGCUGUAAAGAGUCAAGAAGUGUCGGAGGCUCAAUUGAAAGCAUCUCAAUUGGAGGCUGCUAAUUUAAGGGCCCGAAAUGAAUCUGCUGCAUUGAAACAAAAGUUGGCAGAGAGUAUGGACGAUAUCGCUCGUCUUCGAACCGCUUUAAACGAACGAGAGGAUGCAUUGAAUGAAGCUAGACUUCAUAUAGAGGAUUAUGAAAUUCAAUUGAAUAUGCUUCGAGAUGCCAUGAAUCAAAAAAGUUCUGUUAAUGGAUUUGCACCCACACCUGCAUAUUAACCUUAAUUUAUAUAAAUGUCUUCAUUUUUUUCUUUUGUACAGUGACUCGUCAAGUAAUAAUAAUGUAUAUUCUAUACAAAGAGA